UCUUCCAUUUGUUGAUCGUUUGUAAACAUGGCUCCGGUGAGUUCUCUACUCGCGAAAAAUAUAACAAUAAUUCGAAAAUAAUUAAAAAUUUACCAAAACUCCACUGAACAUAUAAAACGGCAUGUUAUAGUCUUCAAUUCUGAUAUAAUUUUAUUUGAAUUUUCGAAAAGAUUGCGAAGAUGUCGUUGGAUGUAAACUUCCAGCACAUCUAUUAGAUGCUAACACAUGUGUCUACAAUAAAUGUAGUUUUUUAAUUAAAACAAUUUCAAAAUGUGGAUUUAUAUAUUUUUCAGCCAACUAUGAAGAAGUCUAAAGGAUUGGCUAUCAAAAAACAAGCCCUUCGAGGUAAGGGUCAGAAGAAAAAAGUAUCCCUUAAAUUCACUAUUGACUGUACACAUCCAGCAGAAGAUAAUAUCAUGGAUGUAGCCAAUUUUGAAAAAUACCUACAUGAAAAAAUCAAGGUUUCAGGGAAGACGAACAAUUUUGGCAAUAGUGUAAGCUUAGAAAGGGAUAAAAUGAAACUAUCCGUUAACAGUGAUAUUGACUUUUCCAAGCGAUAUCUUAAAUAUUUGACGAAAAAGUAUUUGAAAAAAAAUAAACUACGUGAUUGGUUACGUGUUGUCUCAAAAGACAAAGAAACCUACGAGUUAAGGUACUUCCAAAUUAACAGUCAAGAGGAUGAUGACGAAGAGGAUGCAGAGUAAAAUUCGCCUUAAUUCUAUAUGCAAUUACAGAACAUCUGUACAUAUUUCUACAAAUAAAUAAAAAAUAAAAUUUUUGCAUUUUUUGAAAAGUACAAAAUCAUCCAAAUAUUCGUUAGUUUUUAUAAAAUUGAUUUAACCGGAUUAAAUCCACUUAAAAAUGAAAUUACAAUAAAUGCAAAAUGUAAAGUAUGUAAUAAAUCAUGCGUUCGAUUAUCAUAAAGAAAAGAAGAACCAAAAUUAUCAUACAAGCAUGCAAAGAUUCUUCGCAAAAUUGAGAAAAAAAAACGUGCGUCAUCAAACGCGUAGUAAAGGAAAACAUGUCAGCUUUAUCACUGACAGACUCGUAUUUAUUUAAGGUUCUAUUAGAUCCCUAAUUUCUAUAUUUUGUCAUUCAAACAAUUCAAUCAAUUUUUCCGCAAGUAUAAUUUUUGCGAAAAUUAACCGAAUUCUUUAAUAAAAAAAAACACAAAUUGUAAAGUGAAUAAAAGUUACGAUUAAAACGAAUAAUGUAACAGGAAAUGAAGUUCCG